CACCUCGCUUUACUCGCGUCUUCAGCCGUACCCUGAAAAAUUUGCUCCGAGCUUCUCUCGCUUGCUGGGUUCCGCCACGCCUAGCAGCGGCCCUCCUUGGCUGCCCCGCAACUCUCUCCCGCCUCGGGUCAGCGGCCGCUUAGGUUCGAUGAUGCCAGGAGCGAAGCUUGUCCAGAGCCCCGAGGAAGGAGGCGUGUGCAUUACUGAAGCCCUCAUCACUAAGCGAAACUUGACCUUCCCUGAGGACGAUGAGCUGUCGGAGAAGAUGUUUCACACUCUUGCUGAGCUGCAGACCGUCCGCCUGGACCGGGAGGGCAUUACCACCAUCAAGAACCUCGAAGGCCUGCAGAACCUCCACAGCCUCUAUCUGCAAGCGAACAAGAUCCAGCGGAUUGAGAACCUGGCUUGCGUGCCCUCCUUGCGCUUCCUGUCUCUGGCAGGGAACCGAAUCAGGCAGGUGGAAAACCUCCUUGGCCUCCCGUACCUCCAAUUCCUGGACCUUUCCGCUAACCUGAUAGAAACGCUGAAGCUGGAUGAGUUCCCACACGGCCUUCUCAUCCUCAACCUGACCGGCAACAGCUGCACCACCCAAGAUGGCUACAGGGAGCGGGUGACGGAGGCCCUGCCACUGCUCCUGGACCUGGACGGGCAGCCUGUGUUGGAGCGCUGGACCUCGGACGAGGAGAGAGCCUCGGGCGAUGAGGACGAGGAGUUCCCGGAGCUCAGUGGCCCAUUCUGCUCCGAGCGAGGCUUCCUCAAGGAGCUGGAGCAGGAGCUGAGCGGCCGCAAGGAGCGCAGGCAGCAGGCAGCCCUGACGGAGCACCUGCUGAGGAUGGAGACAAAGCCCGCCCUCGCCAGCCUGCCCCCGCGGCCGCCGCUGGAGGAGCAGCCCACGGCUGGGGACAGCAGCCCCUCUGCCACUCCCAGGCAAGGGAGAGAGAUGCCCCCUGAAGCCCCCUCCUCUUCCAUGGCCUCCUCUCCCACCAAGAAACCCUGCGCUCUGGCUCCCAGGGCCCAGCAAAGCUCCCAGGCAAGGAAGGGCCCCCACGUGGCCGCAGCCCCCAAGACCUCUGGGGUUGGGGCCACCAGAACUGUGACCAAAAGAGCUAAGAAAUAAAGCCCCUGCGGCGGCAGCCCUGCCCAGUAAA